AUGCCUCUUUUAAGCAGUCUUGAAAAAUAUCUUCAUCUACCGGAAGUUCAAGCUGAUUUACAACGUGCAACACCUGAUUGUAAUCCUGACUGUAUCCAAGAUUUUCGUGAUGGUGCUUUUGCAAGAAGUCACCCGAAUUUUCGAAAUUCAACUCAUCUCAAAAUUGAAAUAAAUUCUGAUGAUUUAACAAUGACUAAUCCCAUAUCUCAUCAUGCUCAUUCUAUGUUUUCUUCUACUGAUUCUUGCUGA